AUGUCUGGAUCUCCAAAGCCUUGCCAGCUUGAGGAAGCCCCUGAAGACCAAAGUGAGACACAGGGCUUGAUGGGUAGGGAGGUUUCAGUGCUAUAUAGCAGGAAGUCAUCUCUUUCACUCCCUGUCCUUGUCAUCCUCCUCAUCCUCAUCUUCCUUCUGUUCUCUGAUCUAGAUGCUGUAAAAGAGGUUUCUGCUGCUGGAAUGCUGGAUCCUCCUCAGUGUCCUGAGGCAGCCUCCUCUUCCUCCAGUGACAUGGCUGCUGCCCCACUGAGCCAAUCCCCUGGGGACUCCAGCAUUGAACAAGAGAAAAGUUCAUUCCCCUUACCGGCCCUGCCAGACACCAAGUCCUUGCUUAUUGAUGUCUUAAAUGAUAAGGUGGCUGAGUUGAUGGAGUUUCUGUCCUUUAAGUAUCUACUUAAGGAGCCAACCUCCAUUGCAGAAAUGCAAACACUUGUCAUCAAAGAGUAUGCACAGUAUUUCUUUGUGAUCUUCAGGGAAGCUUGUAAGUGUAUGCAGUCGGUCUUUGGCAUUGAUAUAAGGGAAAUGCACCCUAGCAGCCCCUACUAUGUUCUUAGUCCUUCUCUGGACCUCACCUAUGAUGGCAUGGUGGCUGAUGAACAGAACUACCCCAGGACCAUUGUUCUUAUAAUCAUCCUGGGUGCCAUCCAUGUUCAGGGCAGCCAUGCCAGUGAAGAGCACAUCUGGAGUGUGCUGAGUGGGAUGGGGUUGUUUCCCGGGAGGUCACACUGCAUAUAUGGGGAACCCAAGAAAUUCCUCACCGAGGACUUGGUGCGGGAACAGUACCUAACAUAUCGGGAGGUUCCAAACAGUGAUCCUCCUCAAUAUGAGUUCCUAUGGGGUCCAAGGGCCCAUGCUGAAACCAGUGUGGAAAAAGUCCUAGAAUUUUUGGGCCAGCUCAAAGAUACCACCCUUGAGGUCCUGUCUGUCUGUAAUGAGGAGGGUUCAGGAGAUGAACAAGUGCAAGACCCACACUCUAUGCCAAAAGAGGAGAGAUGA